AAAAAAUUACCUGGCUUCCGGAUUUCAAUUUUAUAGAUUAGUGGAAUUUCCCAUUCUGUUGAGUACAGCUCGUGCUGAACUGUUAUGAUGUGUCAAUGAGUUUAAAAAAUGUGAACGGCACCGAUAAUGAGAGGCCCUCGUUGUACUUAAACGGGGAAUAAAAGAAGGACUUUGCAUAGCAAAAAGGCUUUGGCAGAGACGUCUUCAUCACACAUUUCCACACUCCCAUCAUUUCAUCAGUGUGGUAAUACCAUGAAGGGUGAAGAAAGGUGUAAGGAGAUCACUGACGUUGGCGACUCCACUGGAAAACGGCCCAAACGUAAAUGCCUGCAGUGGCACCCACUACUUUCGAAAAAGGCGCUGGAUUUCUCUGAGGAGGAGGAGGAGGAGGAGGAAGAGGAUGAAGAAGAGCUGGCUGAGGGCCAGGUGUCCCAAGGUCGGUGUGAAGGCCUACCAGGGGAAGGGCAAGAGGACGCAAAUGAACAGCGAGCUCGUCGACCGAUGAAUGCCUUUCUUCUCUUUUGCAAACGCCAUCGCUCCCUCGUACGACAUGAACAUCCUCGUUUGGACAACCGAGGGGCCACCAAGAUCCUGGCUGACUGGUGGGCUGCGUUAGAGCCUGCAGAAAAGUUGAAAUACACUGAUAUGGCCAAGGAGUACAAGGAGGCAUUUAUGAAGGCACACCCAGAAUAUAAAUGGUGUCCUACCACCAGCAAACCAGUUAAGAGACCAUCCUGUCAGACAGUUUGUAGCUCACGCAAAAAAGUGUGGUCCUUCGCUUCAAAUAUAUCCAAGGACUCGCCUGCUGCCAAAAAAAGGCCCAAAACUGAUGUCCCACAAUUGAACUUUGCCAUGGCCGAUCCAACUAAAAUGGGUGGCCUCAGUAUGCUGCUGUUAGCUGGAGAACAUGCCCUCACAAACCGAGAGCAGUCAUCGGGAUCUGCGGCGCAUGACAGAAAAUCGUGCAGACGAUCUGCUCUCUUUCAGCUUGCUGAGAUGUGUUUAUCAACUGAAGCUGAGAAAAUGGACACAGUCGUAUCUCCGCAAGGAACCACCUCGUCUUCAUCGUCUUUCCAAAAAACUACAUCAAAUAGUCUUCAGGUGAAGGAGGAGACCCUGGAUAAUUUUAGUUGCCCCCUGACCUCUGAGACAUUUUUACCUUCUCCCACUUCAGUCACUUGUCCUGACACAAUUUCCUUUGAAGUUGAAUGUCAAAAUCAAUGUGUCAAAAAGAAAAAUGGACAGAAAGAGUGGUUCAUGUUAAAUAACAUUGAUGAAAGCCUGCCUUCAUCAAAGCAAUUUCAAGAAAAGAUUAAACCUGUCGAAUCAAAUGGCGAUGUUAGCUUUGGAAUUGAGACAUUGGCUGAAAAUGUCUGGAUGGAUUCAGAGAUACCCACGGUGAAAAUCCGAGAUGUUUCAAGUGACUAUGAGUCUUGUCCACCCAAAAACAAGACAAAGCCCAAAAAUAAGACUAUUGUUAAAGACAAAGAACUAGUUGACCACAGUGGCAAAUAUGCGCUGCCCAGUGUCUCUAAGGUGGAAAUAAAAGAAGAGAUGAGCCCUACGACAGAAAUAGAGGAAACGGGUAGAGAAAGCAAGGAAAUUAAGGACAACAUGGAGGGAUGCCAAAAAGUUCCCGGCAGGUCUUCACUUAUGAUGCUGAAAGAAGAUGACAAUAGGAUGGAAAGCCCAAGUGAAGUAGAGUCCAGUACAGAGGUCCGUGGUGCAAGAAAAUCCGAGAGAAGCUGUAAAGGCGCCUUGUACAAGACCCUUGUUUCUGAAGGAAUGCUGACCUCGUUGAGAGCCAAUAUUGACCGCGGUAAACGAAGCGGCUUUCGUACUUCUGAUUAUGAAGCAAACUGGGGUGAGGAUAGCUGGAUGCUUUCUCAGAUAUCAUCUAAUAGCAAGAGGCUAAAAAAGUCUAAGUCCAAAGAUGAUUCUUCACAAGGAAAACUCGAAGAAGAAUUUGAAAAGAAGUUUAACAGCCUGCCACAGUAUAGUCCAACAACAUUUGAUAGGAAGGGGCCUUCUGUCAUAAAGAGAAAGAAGACUGAUUGUUCUUCUGCCCACGUGGAGAUAUCCAAAACAGGCAAAGGACCAUCUCCAUCACAGAAAAAGACUUCAUUCCACAAGAUUGUUAGGAAGCACAAGUACUUAAAGGAGAAACCAGCAUUGGAACAGACGGAUUCCACCAUGUUGUUUUCUGUUUCAAAAGCCAAAUCAUGUGCCACCACUGCCAUAAUUUGCCCAGAUGUGCAAGGCACCACUAGUGUCGAUAUGCUAGUUGGUAGCCAGAAGAGGAAGGCUAGGAAGACUAAGAUCACACGCUUGGUUCGCACAGCUGACGGCAGUGCAUCUCUGCUUGAGGAGGACAAAAUUAGCGAUCUGACACCGGUGCAGGAGAAUAUUCCAUUUCCCCAACUCACUUUAUGCAAUGAGAAAGGAUAUUGCAGUGAUUCCAGACCAGUGGAGGGGAGCGCUGGAACGGAAGAGCUACCUACUUUCUUCAGUUUAGCUGCUCUUGCGGAAGUUGCGGCCAUGGAAAACAUGCACAGAGGCCAGAGAGGCAUGGCUGAGAGUUUGAAGAGAGAACUCGCCCAGACUCCUGUCCUCAUCUCUUGUGCUGAUCAGUGAAAGUUUGCUGAUAUAUAUUUUUUUUAUGGCAAGUAUGGCAAGCCCUCUAUAAAGGGGGAAAACCCCUGACCUUUCCUUGCUCAUCACUCACUAUUUUUGUGGCUGAAAGCCUUCCUUUUAGAUGCGUAAAAUGCCUUUUUUUAAAAUUCUCUUAACCCUUUACAUACUCCUCAGUAUGUUGCUCACAUUAAAAGUGGCUCACAUUGGCCAUUAUCAGGGUCAUAAACUAAACUUGCAAUUUAAACCAAAACACAACUAGCGGAUAAUCAAACAAAACAACAAAAGGAUAUAAAUGAAGUUACUUUUUUAAGUCACCACCACACUCAUAAGACCUUCUCCUCUGAUAAAAAGGGGACCACCAUCACUUUUAGUAGCUUUAACCUCUAAUGUUGUUAACCAGGGUAAAUGGUCACGUAAGAUAUUCAGUAUGUUCCAUAGCUUUGGCCUAUAAUACAUACCGGUAUAUUAUGUCUUUUAAACAUGAAGAAACCACGGUUGAGUAUUUGAAAUUGUACAUUGUAUAUAUGUCCUAUGGUAUUUUUACAAACUAUACUACACAGACAAAGGUGGUAUGUUGAUGCUAGAAAAACAGAAGAUUGAAUCUUUGAAAGUUUAAACCUUCACUUACCCUUGUUUUUGUAUUAGAGUUAACCAUAGUUGAAGGUGUUCCCCCCACCCCCUCCCUUAAUCCGUGGCUCAUUGUCCCUGUCAUUGAGACAAGCAGGUUAUCAAAAUGAAUUUAUUGUGAAAGCGAUAAUAACUCAUGCAGUUUAUACCCGAAAUCUCACUGCAAAGUCAUUCACCAGUUGCUUGCUCCGUGUGUUGCAGUCUUUUAUUUAGUGUUUGAAUUUUUGAAUGGGGGAAAAGAAAAAGAUAAUAUAUAACAUUACAGUUUUUAUUACCACUUGAUGAGCCACAUGUAAAAUUGGAAUGAGCAUCAUUGUUUACUUGGUUAUGAUAUCAGUCCCCAUUUUAUUGUCAUUAAUCUUGAAAGAGUAUCCGUCUUCUGUCUCUUCUGUAUCUUCAGUGUCUUCAAAACACAAACACCAACAGACAAGACCUUGAACUAAAGUUGAUUCUUGUUUCAGCAAUAUUCUAAUAGUUGCAGGAAAAUUCAAAGACCCAACUUCAUCAGACAUUCCAAUCAGAGCAUAUAUUAAUAUGCAAACUCUCAUUAAUGAAAAAUGUUUCAUAUGAUGCUGAUAUUUGUUCCUGGCUCGUCUUUUUUUGUCUGUUACAUAAGUCUUGUUUUCUGUCCCUUCCAUGAGUUGUUUCUUGUAACAACUUCUUCUGUAAAUGAGACAAGUACUGCAACUCAAAUUUGUUGAAUUAUUAACUUGCAGAGACUUAUUGCAAGCUCAAAGAUUUCACUCGUUUAUAGAUUUCCUCACUUGCCGACAAGAUUUUUUGUUCCUGUGUUGAAUGACAUUUUUAAAAGUUCAGGCACAUGGACACAUUUAACAUUUAUUUUUAAAAUGUAUUUGCAAUUAGAACAACUAACUACUACAUUGUAGUUAUUUAUUAGGAACUUGAUUAUUUGUCCCAAUGUCAACUAUACUUAAGGUCAAACUCAAUGAUGAUAAAUGUGUCCUUGCUAGCUAAGCUCUCACCUAGCUAAGCUGUCAGGGACAGAAGCUAGCGCAGCUCUAGAAAAUGAGAUUGUCUCUUUUCUUCUGAAAGUCUUUGAGUCUUGAGUAUUUCAACUAAUUUUGUAAACGGUGUCCUGAUGAGUUCCACGAUCAACUGAAGCUAUUCGAUUUUACUCAGACUUUUUGAAAAUAGGGAUGUUACAUUUGUGAUGCAUUUGAGCGGUAAACACAUUUUUCAUCAAUGAAGUCUUUCACAUAAACAAACAAAAUAUCUUCAGCAAAAAUACACAAUACUGAUGCAUAGUGAGACAAAUUGCCAAAGAAAAGGGUUGAAAAUGUUGAUUUUUUUUUAAACAAGGCUAGCACAGUUGCACUGCUUUUUUUCUCAAAACCUGUCAGCACAAGUGUCCAAUUUAAAUAGGAUUUUAUUUUUAAAGGGACGGCAGGGGGGGGGGGGGGGGCAUGCUCCUUCUAAUGUAAUAUUUGCACAAUAAUGACUCAAACCAAAAUGAAUAAUUGUCUUUGAAGAAGGUAUAUACUUUUUACCUCCCCUGGAGCAAAAAUGCAUCCUUGAAAAAGAUAAGUUGACUUCCAGGAAAUAGCCAUAAACUCACCUAAACUACUUAACAAGGUUCUCUCAAAUUCCUAUUUUAAGGACACGAAUUAUUAGAUCCCCUUUUGUGCUAAUACGGUCGUGUUGAAUGUAAAUGAUUUUAUACCUAUAUUUUUCUAAUUUCAGUAUUGAUUGUACUGUCAACUAUGAAGGUCUACAAUUUGGUGGGGCAUAGUUUGACGAGAGAUCUUACGGUGAGAAAGCUGCAGAGCGAGGCAAAGAUGUAAGAAGUUAAAAGUCCACCAAAUUCAUUGAAUCGUAUGUAGAUUUAUUAGCGCUUUCCCCCAUUUUGAUGUUUUCCUUACAGUACAAAUUAAGUUGCUUCAUGUUGGUUCAUAUGACAGUGAUAUGGCUGUAAUUAGAGUAAGUAUAUCUUGGAGUUUAAAAUGUAUUUAUUGUUGUUUUUGUAAGGAUUAGUCGAAUAAAAUACAUUUGAUCUGUGGCAGAAUAUGCAUUAGUAAUAGAGUGUACGGUCAUUUUUUACUCGAUAAACCCUUAAAUGGAAUGUAGAUCGUUUUUUCCCCCAUGAAUAGGUUAUUCCAGAUCUUCAUGUGUUUACCUUUAAAACGUCUUGUUUCAUUGACUUUCUUGGUUCUUUUCACAACUGAAAUAUUUGUUAAGAUCUGUUGAUAAAUGUAGCCUUGCCUACCCUGCUUGGUAAUGAUUCUCCCAGCCCAUCUUCUCUUAGUAUGCCAUCUUACAACUUGCAUCAUAACACUGCUGAUGUAAUUCAUAGUCUUUUUACAUUUUCUGCUGGAAAAAAAACUAUUUGCUUGUGAACACUUAAUAAAAUGGCAUAUAUCACACCUAUACAAA